AGCUUCACACAGCACCGAGUAAACCUCCCCCAACUCAAAUCCAACGAAAUGGCUUACAAGAUCGUUUUUGCUUUGGCUAUGUUCGCCGUGGCUCAGGCUGCAGUGCUGAGAACUGUUGCCCCCGUUGCCGUGGCACCUGCAAGUGUGCUGGCCAAGACCGUUGAACUGGAGGAGGUUGAUCCCCAUCCCCAGUACUCCUACAGCUACGACGUCCAGGACACUCUCUCCGGCGACUCCAAGGGACAGUUCGAGGAGCGUGAUGGCGACAUUGUGCGUGGCGAAUACUCUCUGAUCGAUGCCGAUGGCUUCAAGCGCACCGUCACCUACACCGCUGAUCCCAUCAACGGUUUCAAUGCCGUCGUCCGUCGUGAACCCAUCGUCGCCGUUGCCGAGCCCUUGGUGAAGGCUGCCCCUGUUGCUGUUGCCGCUCCUCUGGUCCGCUCUGCUCCAGUUGCUGUUGCCGCUCCUCUGGUCCGCUCUGCUCCCGUGGCUGUUGCUGCUCCUUUGACCGCCCCUCUGGUCCGCUCUGCACCCAUUGCUCUCUCUGCACCCCUUGUCCGCUCAGCUCCUCUUGCGGUUGCAGCUCCAGCCAUUGCUGCGCCCCUGAGAUACACAGCGCCUGCCUACGCCGUGAGGAACCUGUAAACUCUUCAAUCCCAGACCUGAUUUGAUUCCAUGUUCGGUUUAUGAUUUUACAAUUAAA